AUGGCGCCGUCAUUUGAUCACCUACGCGAUGAGGACCUCGACGAGGAUGAUUUCGACCAAGAUGAGGUGGAUAUUUCCGACCUUCAAGAAAAAUACGAAGUUUCGCUCGAGCAGGGCUACGACACGUUUGUCGUCGUCGACAACCUGCCCCAAGUCGACGAGGGAAAGAAGCCAAGUCUGAUCAAAUUCUUGCUCAAGAAGUUGAACACAGUUGGGAAAACACGGGAGGAUCUAAUUUUCAUGCCCAUGGGAGAGGAUGGCCAGUCGCUCAGAUUUGCCUUUGUCGAGUACUCGUCGGCAGCCGAGGCGGCGGCGGCUGUGCGCCAGCUCGACCUUGUCCCCCUCGACAAGAGGAACAUUAUGCGCGUCAACAAGCUCACCGACAUCGACCGCUAUGGACGCGAAGGCCGUAUCGACGAGAACUACACUCCGCCAAAGAUCGAAGAGUUCCACGAACAGGAACACCUGCGGUCUUUCAUGGCAGACCCCACCGGCCGCGGCAGAGACCAGUUUGUCAUGUACAGAGGAGAUUCCGUCGGCGUCUUCUGGAACAACGAGAAGGACCAGCCUGAGAACAUUGUCGACAGGCCGCACUGGACCGAGACGUUUGUGCAGUGGUCGCCUCUGGGAACAUAUAUGACGUCGGUACAUGCGCAGGGUGUCCAGCUCUGGGGCGGCCCGUCGUGGACGAGGCAGAAGCGGUUCCCCCAUCCUUUUGUCAACCUUGUCGCCUUUUCCCCCGGCGAGAAGUAUCUGGUCACCUGGUCCAACCGCCCCAUCGCCAUCCCCGACGAGGGCCACCCUAUCCUCACGCUGGAUGACGACGGCAAGAACUAUAUUAUCUGGGAUAUCGAGACCUCCAAGCCCAUCCGCUCCUUUGCGCAGCUCGACAUAUUGGGACCCCCCGACGAGAAUGGCGUCAAGAAGCCGCUAAAGGCUCCCUGGCCCGCCUUCAAGUGGUCCGCCGACGACAAGUACGUUGCGCGCUUGACGCCAGGCGCCUCCAUAUCUGUCUACGAGCUGCCUAGAAUGAACCUGCUCGAAAAGACGGCCAUUAAGAUCGAGGGAGUGGUUGACUUUGAGUGGGCGCCGGCGUCGCCGCAGCGAGACGGGAUCAAGACGUACGAGCAGCUCUUCUGCUUCUGGACCCCAGAAAUCGGAAGCAACCCCGCUCGUGUCGCUAUGAUGAGCAUUCCCUCCAAGGAGGUUGUUCGGUCGUUGAACCUGUUUAGCGUAACGGACGCCAAGCUCCACUGGCAGUCAGAUGCCGCCUAUCUCUGCGUCAAGGUCGAUCGGCAUUCCAAGUCCAAGAAGUCCCAAGCAACGACUCUGGAAAUCUUCCGCGUAAAGGAGAAGGGCGUUCCGGUUGAGGUCGUUGACACAAUCAAGGAUACGGUCAUCAACUUCGCUUGGGAGCCGAAGGGAGACAGGUUCGUCAUCAUCACCACCACAGAGCCAGUCGCCGCCACCGCCGUACCCCCAAAGACGUCAGUGACCUUCUUCUGCCCAGAGAAGAUGAAGGGGUCAGCUAUUGGAAACUUCAAGCAUCUGCGCACACUCGACAAAAAGAACAACAACGCUAUCUACUGGUCUCCUAAGGGCAGAUUUGUUGUCGUUGCCACUGUCCACAACCAGCAGUCUUCGGAUCUCGACUUUUUUGACCUCGACUUUGAGGGCGAGAAGCUCGAGUCUGACAAGGACAUGACCGCCAACUUGCAGUUGAUGAACACGGCCGAUCACUACGGCGUGACCGAUGUCGAGUGGGACCCCUCUGGUCGGUUUGUCGCCACGUGGGCGUCGGCCUGGAAGCACUCGAUGGAGAAUGGAUAUCACAUCUACGACUUCAAGGGUGAGGUAUUGCGCGAGGAGCCUAUUGAGAAGUUCAAGCAGUUCCAGUGGCGGCCGCGCCCUGCAACGCUCCUCAGCAAGGAGGAGCAGAAGACGAUCCGCAAGAACCUCCGCGAGUACUCGAGAAUAUUCGAGGUCGAGGAUACCGAGCGCAUCAACAGCGCGGAUGUGGCUGUUGUCCAGGAGAGACGCCGUCUGCUCGAGGAGUGGCUUGCUUGGCGCAAGUCGAUGGAGGAGGAGGCUGCCGAGGAGCGUGCGGCUCUAGGGCUGCCUGCCGACCCGGUUGCCGACCUUCUCAAGGCCAAGACCGCCGAGCUUGCUGCCGGAGAGGAGGAGAAGAUCAUCGAGGAGAUUAUGGAAGAAGUACUCGAGGAGACGGAGGAGAUCGUCGCGUAA